AUGACGGAGACACAGGACGGAGCAGAGCUCUGCUUUCCACAACUCUUCAACACCUCCUGCAGGAAGCUGACACCUCCUUGGUUUGAAGUGAUGCUCAUUCACAUUUUGCUUUCCUCCAUCUCUCUGCUCACUGUAGCUCUCAACCUGCUCGUCAUCAUCUCAGUCUCCCACUUCAGGCAGCUCCACACACCCACCAACAUCCUCCUCCUCUCUCUGGCUGUCUCAGACCUUCUAGUGGGCCUUGUGCUGAUGCCCGCAGAAAGCAUCCGAAAUACAACCUGCUGGUUUCUUGGUGACAUUGUGUGUUCUCUUUAUAAUUAUCUUUCUGUCGUCAUUACCGUUGCCUCAAUAGGUACCAUAGUGCUCAUAUCAGUUGACCGUUAUGUGGCAAUUUGUGACCCUCUGCUUUACACCACCAGAAUCACUUCAGAGCUGAAAGCAGCCAGGAAUCUUGGUGUUCUUGUGGUUGUGUUCCUAAUAUGUUUCUGCCCAUAUUACGUCUGCUACUUGCUCAGUGCCUUAUCUGCAUCCUUUGUAAUCUAUCUGUUCUAUUGUAACUCUGGUCUAAACCCUGUGAUCUAUGCCUUGUUUUACCCCUGGUUUAGAAAAUCUGUUAAACUAAUUAUUACUCUUCAGAUACUGCAGCCUGGCUCCUGUGAGGCCAACAUGCUGUAG